AUGGAGUACCGCAACAAGCUGGUGCUCGCGCCCAUGGUCCGCGCGUUGCAGGGCGCUCUGCCGCUUAGGCUAUUGGCUGCUGAAUAUGGUGCUGAUAUUACAUACGGAGAAGAAAUAAUCGAUCAUAAGUUUGUGCACUGUCAACGUGUAACAAAUGAAUCUCUCGGGACUACUGAUUUUGUGGAGAAAGGGACUGGUAGCGUGGUUUUUCGAACAUGCCCACAAGAAAGGGACAGGGUUGUCUUCCAAAUGGGCACGUCAGAUGCCGUGAGAGCACUUAAAGCUGCUGAGAUUGUGUGUAACGACGUUGCUGCUAUUGAUAUCAACAUGGGUUGUCCAAAGGCUUUUUCUAUCAGUGGAGGAAUGGGUGCUGCAUUACUUACCAAACCUGAGCUUAUACAUGACAUUUUGACCACAUUGCGGAGGAACUUGAACACACCAGUGACAUGUAAAAUCCGUCUUCUGAGCAAACGUGAGGACACUGUGGAGUUGGCUCGCCGGAUUGAGAAAACAGGUGUUCCAGCUCUGGCUGUCCAUGGAAGAACGAUCAAAGACAGGCCAAAAGAUCCGGCUAAGUGGGAUGAGAUAGCUGAUGUUGUGUCGGCACUGUCAAUUCCAGUUAUAGCUAAUGGAGAUGUAUUUGAGUACGAAGAUUUUAAGAGAAUCAAAGAUGCUACAGGUGCCACAUCUGUAAUGGCUGCUAGAGGUGCCUUGUGGAAUGCCUCUGUUUUCAGUGCCAAAGGAAAAAUACCUUGGGAGGAUUACAAAAGAGAGUAUGUCAGAAAGACUAUUUUGUGGGACAAUGAUGUGAAGAGCACAAAGACAACGUUGAGAGAAAUAAUUACGCACUAUACUAACCUUGAAUUUGCUGAAGGGAAAGGUGUGAUAAAGUGUGGUUCAUCAGCAGAUGUAGCGAGACUUUACAAUGAAGAGGAUUACUACAAUUUUGUUGUAUCAAAUUGGAAAUGAACAAAACAGGAUUUUGCUGACAUCUCAUCUCAUGUGACCGAGCUUCUGCUUGGAUCCCUGUCUCGGCUUGUGUUUUCUGGAGGGUUUUUAACGAGUUUCGGACAAAUUCAUCAUAUCACCAAACAAUACGAGUUGUGCAAGUUUUGGCUUUUGCACUGCCAUCUUAGUAUGGAAUCAAGAUCAACUGAAGAUGAUUCCUUUUUAGGCUGGUUACAGUUUUGCAACGUGGUCUUAUAGAAUUGUUUGAGAAAAGAUUGUUGAUCUAGACUGAUAGGAACUUUUAAGCAUUUUGAGAUGUUGUAUUAUUUUCUGCUAAUGGCAAAAGAUAGAAUCCAUGCUUGAAAUUAAUUAACACCAUUUCUAUAAGCUUAUACUAUAUUUUAGCUCUCAUGCUCACUCGGAUCGUGGAAAGGCUGUCAUGUAAUUCUGGAAAUCAUGUAAGUUGGAAAGUUCAAGUACACCUUAAUCCAUAUGUUUCUUAGUUGUAAGAGAAUUUUUAUGCCCGAACCUGUUCAAAAUACUUUCAUGUUUUUA